AUGUGUUGUGGAAAACGUCACAGCAAAGAAAAAAGAAAAAGCAAAAAAAAAAAAUUGGAAAACUUUGUUGAACUACCAAUUACCACACACUCACACACUCACAUACACACAAUUAUCUCACACUAUCACAUAUUUUUUUGUUUGUUUGUUUUCUCCUUUUUUUUUUUCAAUUUUUAUUUUAAUUACACCAAUUAUAAGAUAAUGACAUUGUCUUCUAGAAGAAAAGAGUUGAGGGCUUCAAUUAGAGAAAACCUACAUCAAGCUCAAAUUCAUGAAGAAGAAGAAGAUGAAGGUGAAGAAAACGUGGUGAAUCGAAACCUUGAGGAUGAAUUUCGUGACUUGCAUCAUAACAACAAUCAAUUUAGUGAGAAUAAUCCGAAUAACACUACCACUCAAAAUGCUACCAAACUGAUUCACAAUAAAAUUGGAAUUGAUUAUACCCAUUAUGAACCAAAUGAAGUUAAUGAAUUUAAUAGAAAUAUACAAGCAGCUGCAACUGCUUAUUUAGCUAGUGCUACACAAGUUUCUCCUGAAGGAAUUAAUCUUAAAAGAAGUGCUUCAGAAGGGGAGCAAUCAUUUGAACAAAUUCAUGAUGAUGAAUUAUAUCCUAAAAGACAAAGACUGAAUGAUCCAACUAAAGUAUCACCACAGAAAAGAACCAUGUUUAAGAAAAUUGAUAAUCCUAAUUCAAGUAUAUGUGAACAUUGUGGAAUGAUUUUUAAGAAUGUUAUAGAUAAAAGAAAUCAUCGUCGAACUCAUUCACAACCAAAAAGAUUUGAAUGUGAUAUAUGUGGUAAACGAUUUAGUCAAAAGGCUAAUUUAGAAAUUCAUAAAACUCAUGUUCAUCAUGAUUUGAUUUUAGAUAAUGAAGAAGAAAUGAAUGAUGCUACUCUUGCUCAAGUUCAAGAAGGUAGUUCAAAUAUGUUUGCUGAACAAAAUGGUUCUAACAUUGGUAGUAGCAAUGAAAGUGAUAAUGGAAGUAAUUUAAACAAUCAAAUGAAACCACCAGUAGAUUUGAAAGAAGUGAGAGUUUUCCAUUGUAAUGCAUUACAAUGUGGUAAAGGGUUUAUUUCAUACGAUAAGUUGAUGAAUCAUAUUGAAGUCGAACAUCCAGGAACUGUUCGACCACUUAAAAAGGAAAGUAAAAAGGAAAAACCAAAAGAACCACUUCCAAAAAUACAUCAUUGUACCAAAGAAGGAUGUGGUAAAUCAUUUGCCAAAGUAUCUGAUUUAACAAGACAUACAAGAAUUCAUACUGGAGAAAGACCAUAUGUAUGUUCAUAUUGUCAUGCUAGUUUUAAUCAAAGAUAUAGAUUAACUACUCAUACUAGAAUUCAUACUGGAGAGAAACCAUUUCGAUGUGAAUAUUGUGGAAAGUCAUUUGCUAGAGGUGAUGCUGUUCAAUCCCAUAUUUUUUCAAUUCAUCGUGCAAAAGGUGAAGCAUUUUAG